AUGCCCGAAUAUCGUCAACAGGAUUUCGAUGAUGAGAUCGAGAUGGUCACCAAUGCCUACGGUAGCCUACCACUAUCCCACACACCGAUGGACGAAGCCUUGAGAACGAAGCCGACUCCAGAUACCGUCCUCGCCAUGGUCAUAGAUGCAUUGGUCAAGUCAAGACCUAUCUCGCAUCAACUGGCGCAAUCGACAGUCGCUGGCCUUAUCGAGGACGACUAUCAUAACAUCGACAAAUUAUCCGGGACUUCAUGGGAAGAACGAACAGACAUAUUGAGAAAAGUAGGAUAUAACCGGUAUCGUGAGCAGUGUGCCACCAAUCUAGGCAAUUUAUCCGAUUUUGUUUUGGUUAGAUAUGAUGGGGAUCUCAACAAUCUACUUGACGCUGCCCAUGAGAGCCGCGAGGGAGUUCGGACUCGAAUCAAGGAGAUCAGGGGAGUUGGUGAUCUGGGUGUUGAAAUAUUCCUGGACAAUGUUCAAAGCGUGUGGCCGUCCAUGGCCCCGUUCGUUGAUUCGAGGAGCCUUCACACGGCGGAGGAAAUUGGGUUGGGAAAUGAUGUACAGGCGAUAUACACUCACCUGAAUGGAGACCCUGUGAAAAUGAGUAAGUUUGCUAAUGGGUUGUCGGAGAUUCGAUUGGAGCAUAAGCAACAUGAGAUUGAGGAGAUGUGA